AUGGGAGACUAUGAACAUCAAAAUUUUAUUAGUUCGGAGUCAGCAAGUGGCUUUGGUGGUAAAGGUGGGCAAGAGUAUGUAAACUUUGAGAGGUCCACCGAAGGUUUUUCUAAAGGUACUUUGGAUAGAUCUACUGCAGCAAGAUUAAAAUUGGAGCACUUUUAUAAAGUUACUUUGGAUCAGGCAAGGGAAAGAAAUGAAAGGCGUACUGAACUUGAAAAAAAACUUGAAAAAGAAGAUUGUUCAGGGGAACGUAAAAAUAGACAACUUCAAUCACUUGGACGUAAAGAAUCAUCGUUUUUGAGACUUCGAAGAACAAGACUAGGUUUAGAGGACUUUGUCACUGUUAAAGUAAUCGGUAAAGGUGCGUUUGGUGAGGUUCGGUUAGUUCAAAAAGCUGAUACGGGUAAGAUAUAUGCGAUGAAGACAUUACGAAAGGCAGAUAUGUUUAAGAAAGAUCAGUUGGCUCAUGUUAAAGCCGAACGUGAUGUUCUAGCGGAAUCAGACUCUCCGUGGGUAGUUCAAUUAUUUUAUUCUUUUCAAGAUACAUCAUAUCUUUACCUUAUCAUGGAAUUUUUACCGGGUGGGGAUUUGAUGACAAUGUUGAUUAAGUAUGACACAUUCUCAGAAGAUGUAACAAGGUUCUACAUUGCUGAAUGUGUUUUGGCUAUUGAGGCCAUUCAUAAAUUAAAUUUUAUUCAUCGAGAUAUUAAACCAGACAACAUUUUGAUUGAUAAAGACGGUCAUAUUAAAUUAUCUGAUUUUGGUCUUUCAACUGGAUUUCAUCGAACACAUGAUUCCGCAUAUUAUCAACGUCUUUUGGAUGGUACCCUGAAUAGUGGUGGCGGUCACAGACAAUUAGGUAGUGAAGCUAAUAUUAAUCUAACAUUGUCAAGUAAAGAUAGAAUCGCUACGUGGAAAAAAAAUCGAAGGGCAUUGGCCUAUUCUACUGUAGGAACUCCUGAUUAUAUUGCACCGGAAAUUUUCUUACAACAAGGGUAUGGUCAAGAAUGUGAUUGGUGGUCACUUGGUGCUAUCAUGUUCGAGUGUCUUGUCGGUUAUCCUCCUUUUUGUAGUGAAAAUGCUCAUGAAACAUAUCGGAAAAUUAUUAAUUGGCGGGAUCAAUUGUAUUUUCCCGAUGACGUUCAUUUAAGUCCUGAAGCGGAAGAUAUAAUUCGAAGACUUAUUUGUGCACCCGAACAACGUUUGGGUCGUCAUGGUGGUGAAGAGAUCAAAGCACAUCCAUUCUUUACAGGGGUAGAUUGGGAUACUAUUCGUAACAUUGAGGCACCAUUCGUACCUAAUUUAAAAUCAAUCACGGAUACUAGUUAUUUCCCCACGGAAGAUUUGGAAAAAAUUCCCGAGCAACCUCAAACUACGGAACGUAUUAAUACAAAUGUCACCGGAGAAUACAAUCAAAAGGAUCUAGCAUUUGUGGGAUAUACUUACAAGAGGUUUGAUGAACUGACAAGAAAGAAUGCGUUGUAA